AUGUCAGGAAAAGCACACGCAGGUGAUUUUCAAGGCCAGGUUUUUCUCAAGAAGAAGAAGAAGAGAAAACAUGUUGAGCACAAUAACUCAUAUGAAACUGAUGAAAAUGCAGAAAACACAGAGCUCACCCGUGCUCCUCUGGUGUUUGAACAUGCAGCAGCACAGAAUGGUGAGGGCAGGAAAAAGAAGAAAAAGGCAGAAAAGAAGGGUGAAGAGCAGCUGGUUUUGUUGGAUGAUUCUUGUGUAGGAGAGGAACAUAACAUCAGCAGUGGAACUGAAGUGGAAGCUUCCCAAAAGAAAAAGAGGAAGAAGAAGCAUAACAACAGCACAGAUGAGCACAGUGAUGUCAGUUGUACCCUAGUGAACAAGUACAGUGCUGACGAGUGCCAGGAGAGCAUUGUUGAUUAUGAGUAUUUGAAAAACUCUGAGGUGAAGAAGAAGAAGAAGAAAAGCAAAGCAGAACUGCAUGAAGUGUUUGAGGUGUGUGAGUUGCCUCCCUCAAAAACACAGCAAGAACACAACACAGAGAAACCUACAAAGAAGAAGAAGAAGAAGAGAAAGGUCAGCAGUACCCAGGACAUGCAGGAGGACACAGAUGGAACUGCUGCUGAGCAGUCCCCAUUGUCAUCUCCAGAGCACAAGAGGCGAGGGGAGGACACAGAGUGCCUGUUACCUGCAGAGGAGGGGGCAGUGGCAGUUCCCCAGCAGUGUCAGGAGGAUGGUAACUCUGAUGUUGCUUCUGUCACUAGUGAGAUGUCGAUGGAGGUACCUGCUGAUUUUUCUACACCCAGUAAAGCAACUGGUGGAGCUCAGAAAAGUGCAGCACAUGCUAAAAAGAUCAAAAUAAAAACCCCUGCUAUUGUAGAAGAAUGUUCUUCAGACUCUGAUGUGACACCAGAGCCUUUGGCAUCAAAUGUAAAGAAACAGGAUAGUUCCUUUGCUGAAACAGCAGCCUCUGAGGAGGUUAGUGAGGAUGAUGGACUCAUGGUCUCUGUCCUGUCUUCAGCCAUUGAUUUGGAUGCUACAAGACAAGAAUUGGAAGAGUUUAUUCCUCAUGUGAGGACUAUGUCAGAUCAUUCAGUCAAGAACAUGGCUGGAAGAGACCUGGCGAGGUUUAAAAGCUUUAAAAAACAAGGUAUUGCUGUCAAGUUUGGCAGAUUUACACCGAAGGAAAAUGAUCAAAUCCGGAAUAAUGUUGAUGAGUUCUUAGCGAUUACUGGGAUAGACAGUGCUGAAAAACUUCUGUUUACUUCGAGAUAUCCAGAAGAUAAAGCAACUAUUAAUUACCUGAAAGUAAAACAUCAUUUCUGUGAAAAGAUUUCCGAGGGCAUCCCCCGACCCUGGAGGCUCAUCUAUUACAGAGCAAGGAAGAUGUUUGACCCAAAUAAUUAUAAAGGAAGGUAUACUAAGGAAGAAAAAGAAAAAUUAAAGCAGUAUCAUGCUAUGCAUGGCAAUGAUUGGAAGAAGAUUUCGGAGAUGAUGUCCCGUUCUAACCUCUCUGUUGCUAUGAAAUACUCUGAAAUCAAGUCAGCCAUUAAUUAUGGGCCUUGGUCAACAAAAGAGAUCCAGAAGUUAAAGCAGGCAGUGAAGGAGGUGUUGAGGAAGAGACUGGAAAAAGAAGAUGCAAAUGCUCUUUCAAGGGAAGAUGCCUGGAUUGAUCCUAAUAAGCUGUACCAGCAAUUACCAUGGACUGAGAUUGAAGCUAAGGUGGGAAGUCGAUACUGGAGUCAAUGCAAGCAGAAAUGGAAUGCAAUUUUAGCAAACAAGGUGUCCAAGGGGCUGCAGUUAUCUAAUGUGAUGAAAAGAUUACAGAUCAAGAUCAAUCUCAUUAAAAGGUUGCAUGAAAUGGACCUGGAAGAUAUUACUGAAGUAAACUGGGAAGAACUCUGUACUGCACUGGGAGACAUUCCUAGAACUUGUAUUCAAGGAAUUUUUUAUAAGCUAAAAGUCUCUUCUGUCCCUUUAUGGCAAAGAAAGACUUUUUCUGAAAUUGUUGAUUUUCUCUUUGAAGAGAAACUUCCACAACUUGAAGAAAGGCUACAAAAAAAGGAGGAGAAACACCUUUGCUCUACCCAUCCAGCAGCCACUCAGCAGCAGCAGCAUGUCCGAUUCAGUGACAUCUUUGACUCCAGUGAGGACAGUGAUUAA